GGCGCGCAGCGGAGGACGCCGGAGAGCAACCCACACCAGCUGCCAGAGCUUCCGGUUCGGACGCGGGACCUCGCAGUUGCGGGAGGUUCAACCAAGAGGAUCGCUGCCCCAUCCCAAGGCUCACAAGGCUCCGGAUCCCAGGCUUACCCGGCUAGUCAGCAAUCACAUUGACUCUUAAGGUCCAUGCUGUGAAAAGAGACUUAGGACUGCAGGUGCGCCAUGCAGCCUUUACAAUGUGUCCUCCAAGCACAGAGAUCGCUAAAGUGGGGGCCGCUGACCUCUGUGUCCUGGCCGCUGCUCAGGACCUCCAGGACACAUAGCAGUGUCCCCACCACUUCAUGUCUCAGUCCAGAGGGGCAGAGCUCAGAAGGUGUUCAGAAGGAUUUCAGCUCCAGGCUAGCCGCUGGACCAACUUUUCAGCAUUUUUUAAGAAGUGCUUCGGUUCUUCAAGAGAAACCAUCUUCUCCAGAAGUGGAGGACCCACCCCCCUAUCUCACGGGGGAUGAACUUCUAGGAAGGCAGAGAAGAGUCUACCUCGAGACCUACGGCUGCCAGAUGAAUGUAAACGACACGGAGAUAGCCUGGUCCAUUUUACAGAAGAGCGGCUACCUGCGGACCAGCAACCUUCAAGAGGCUGAUGUGAUCCUUCUUGUCACAUGUUCUAUCAGGGAGAAGGCUGAGCAGACCAUCUGGAACCGUUUACAUCAGCUGAAAGCCCUGAAGACAAAGCGACCACGCUCCCGGGUACCUCUGAGGAUUGGGAUUCUAGGCUGCAUGGCUGAGAGACUGAAGGGGGAGAUCCUCAACAGGGAGAAAAUGGUGGAUCUCUUGGCUGGUCCAGAUGCCUAUCGAGACCUUCCCCGGCUGCUGGCUGUUGUGGAGUCGGGCCAGCAGGCAGCAAACGUGCUUCUCUCUCUGGAUGAGACCUAUGCGGAUAUCAUGCCAGUCCAGACGAGCCCCAGUGCCACUUCUGCCUUUGUGUCCAUCAUGCGGGGCUGUGACAACAUGUGCAGUUACUGCAUCGUUCCUUUCACCCGUGGCCGUGAGAGGAGUCGGCCCGUUGCCUCCAUUCUGGAGGAGGUGAGGAAGCUUUCUGAGCAGGGGCUAAAAGAAGUGACUCUUCUUGGUCAGAAUGUUAAUAGUUUUCGGGACAAUUCAGAGGUCCAGUUCAAUAAUGCAGUGUCUACCAACCUCAGCCGUGGCUUUACUACCAACUAUAAAACCAAACAAGGUGGGCUUCGUUUUUCUCAUCUUCUGGAUCAGGUUUCAAGAAUAGACCCCGAAAUAAGGAUCCGUUUCACCUCUCCCCACCCCAAGGAUUUUCCUGAUGAGGUUCUACAGCUGAUUCACGAGAGACACAACAUCUGUAAGCAGAUCCACCUGCCAGCCCAGAGUGGAAGCAACCGUGUGCUGGAUGCCAUGCGGAGAGGAUACUCAAGGGAAGCUUAUGUGGCAUUGGUUCAUCACAUCAGAGAAUGUAUCCCAGGUGUGAGCCUCAGCAGUGACUUCAUCACUGGCUUCUGUGGAGAGACAGAGGAUGAUCACCUGCAGACAGUGUCUUUACUUCGAGAAGUUCAAUAUAAUACUGGUUUUCUCUUCGCAUACAGCAUGAGGCAGAAGACACGAGCAUAUCAUAGGCUGAAGGAUGAUGUUCCAGAAGAAGUAAAAUUAAGACGUCUGGAGGAACUUAUUACUGUCUUCAGAGAAGAGGCUUCAAAAGCCAAUCAGACCUCAGUGGGUUGUACCCAGCUGGUGUUGGUUGAGGGGUUCAGCAAACGUUCUUCCACAGACCUGUGUGGCCGGAAUGAUGCAAACCUUAAGGUGAUCUUCCCUGAUGUAGAGGUGGAGGAUGUCACUAACUCUGGGCUCAAGGUCAGAGCUCAGCCUGGGGACUAUGUGCUGGUGAAGAUCACCUCUGCCAGUUCUCAAACUCUCAAAGGACACCCUCUCUGCAGGACCACUAUGAAAGACUCGGCCACGCAUUGCUUGACCUGAGAGGGUGGCUUACUAGUGGACUUGGGCGGUUUUUCCUCAUGCUUUGAAGACAAGGCACUAGUCAUGAAGUGCCUUUGUACCAAAUGGAAGAGUACAUUUCUUUGUUGUCACUUGAAUAACUUUUACAACAAUAAAUUUCAUAAAUUAAUGGC